CCAGUCUCAUGCAAUCACACACAGAAUAUUGUGACUUUAGGUGUCACAGUCUCUGCCACCAACUCCUCUGAACCCUGGAAGGAGCCUUCCUUCACAGCAGCGGCGAAGCUCCGCGUCAUGCUCACCUUCUGCUUCUUCCUCUUCGCUGGGUACAGUAACUCCGCGGUGCUCUACAGCGUCGCUCGCAAGGGAAGAAAGUCCCACAUCCGCAUCCUGAUCCUCAGCCUCACCAUCGCUGACCUGAUGAUCACCUUCAUCGUGAUGCCACUGGACACAAUCUGGAACAUCACAGUCCAGUGGUAUGCGGGGGAGGUACCCUGCAAAGUGCUCAACUUCCUGAAGCUCUUUGCCAUGUAUUCCUCUGCCUUGGUGCUCGUGGUUAUCAGCUUGGAUCGACACACAGCCAUCCUGCGUCCUUUCAGCUUCACCGGAGCCAGUCACCGGAACAGGGUCAUGCUCGCUGUCGCCUGGACAGCCAGCAUUCUCCUGGCCUCACCGCAGCUGUUUCUCUUCCAGCUCCGCACGGUUGAGGGGGUGAAUUUCACGCAGUGCAUUGCGUCUGGCAGUUUUAACGAGCGCUGGAAGGAGACGCUGUACAACAUGUUCACCUUCGUCACCCUGUACGUGACCCCGCUGAGCGUCAUGAUCUUCUGCUACGCCAGGAUCCUGUGGGAGAUCGGUCGUCAAGCGAACCACGGCAGAGACAAAUUCUGAUUUUUUUUUUAAUGUUCCUCAGCUCUAACAAGAAGCAAAAAUGACCACAUCUCCAAAGCGAGACUGAAAACUCUCAAAAUGACAAUUGUGAUUGUGGCCUCCUUCAUCGUGUGCUGGACCCCGUAUUACCUCCUGGGGCUCUGGUACUGGUUCCAGCCCAACAUGAUUGAGGAAAUGCCAGAGUACAUCCAUCACUCCCUGUUCUUGUUUGGCCUGCUCCACACCUGCUCUGACCCCAUCAUCUAUGGCCUCUACACGCCCUGCUUCAGGGAGGAUAUGCGGAUGUGUUGCCAUGGUGUAACGAGACACAAGCUGGCACAGAAACCCAGGACUGUCGCCCUGCUCCAUGUAAAUGGUGACAAUAUGGGGUCUGUCGUUUCAAACAGGACAGCAGUUCAGACUGUGUUUUAAAACUGUGCACUGCUUGCUGACUGCAUGCUAUGGGAUGCUACUGCCCAAGCAGAUCUUCAUAUCACUUAGUACAGGAGGAAGGAGGUUUCUCAGGUGUUAUAUAGUUUUACAACCCAGGCGUGAAUAGGAGUUGCUGUUUCUUAUACAGUACAUAUAGUGGUAUAGAUUUGUAGCAAUGACAUUUAUUAAACAUCUACGUAUAAGAUGCCCCAUUGUUUUG